AUGGCCAACAUCACAGUGACCCACAGAGACGGCCGUGUAGCCCAGCUGGAGCAGGUGUACAUCCGAGGCAGCAAGAUCCGAUUCCUCAUUCUCCCUGACAUGCUGAAGAACACACCCAUGCUAAAGAGUAUGAAGAACAAGAACCAGGGAGCUGGAGCAGGAAGAGGCAAAGCUGCCAUUCUCAAAGCACAAGUGGCUGUCAGGAGUCGAGGACGUGAAGGGAUGGGAAGAGGACAUAUUUUCCAGAAAAGGCGAUAG